AUGAGAUUCCCAAAUGGGGGAUAUAAAUCUUGGUAUAGUUUCACUAGUUGUUUUACUAGUGGCUUCACUGGUAAUUUCACUAGUGGUAUCACUAGUAGGUUCACUGGUGAUUUUGUUAGUGAUUUCGUUGAUGAUUUCACUAUUGAUUUCACUGAUGAUUUCGCUGAUGAUUUCACUGAUGAUUUUGCUAAUGAUUUUAUUAGUGAUUUCACUGAUGACUUCAUUAACAGUUUCACUAGUUGUGCCAUUAAUGUUUUUAUAAUAAGUAGUUAA